AUCCCCAAACGCUUUUAAGAUGUUCUUUUGUAACUAGGUCUAUGAGUCACGUGAAUAAGUUCAUUUCAUGUCAAGAUGACUCAGCCAGUGACUCACGUGCAGCCUUUCCACCAAGCGCAAACUCAAAAAAUGUUAGCCAGACUCGUCCCCCUCUUCUCAUUGGCUACCCCACCAGCGCACAAUUCGUGAUUCACGACAAGCGGCGACGACCUUAAGAACUGCUUGGAGAACCGCUAUCCUCGACAACAACUUCCAUACGUCCUCCAUCAGCGUCCAACAUGAGACCUAUUCUUCUUCAAGGACACGAGCGUGCGCUCACCCAAAUCAAAUAUAACCGCGACGGUGAUAUAAUCUUCUCGACCGCCAAGGAUCAGCACAUCUGCGCGUGGUACGCACACAACGGCGAGCGCCUCGGCAGCUAUCACGGCCACCAAGGAGCCCUCUGGACCAUCGAUGUCGACCCCACCAGCACUCUUCUCGCCUCUGGCGCGGCCGAUAACACGGUCAGGCUAUGGAAUGUCAAGACUGGCAAGUGCUUGAAGACCUGGGACUUCAACACUGCUGUCAAGCGUGUAGAGUUCUCCGAGGAUGGAUCACAAUUACUCGCCGUCACCGAGAUGCGCAUGGGUUUCCUAGGCACCAUCGUCGUCCUGGAUAUCAACCUGGAUGUUAACGCGGAGCAGCGCGACGAGAAGGCGAUGACCAUCACAUGUGAGGAAAGCAAGGCUACGGUUGCUGGAUGGAGCUUCCUGUCGAAGUACAUCAUCGCAGGACACGAAGACGGAACCGUUUCGCAAUACGAUGCGAAGACUGGCGAACAACUGGACAAUGUGCAGGUGCACGAGCCAGAUGCACAGGUCACCGAUCUGCAAUGGGCCCCUGACCGGACGUACUUCAUCACCGCGUCAAAAGACAAGACUGCCAAGAUCGUCGAUGCCACCAACCUCCAAGUCAUGAAGACCUUUGUCGCCGAUACCCCCCUUAACUCCGCCUCCAUCACCCCCAAGAAAGACUUCGUCAUCCUCGGUGGCGGCCAGGCUGCCAUGGACGUCACCACCACCUCGACACGCCAAGGUAAAUUCGAGGCUCGCUUCUACCACAAGGUGUUCGAGGAGGAGAUUGGCCGCGUGCGUGGCCACUUCGGCCCGCUCAACACGGUCGCCGUCGACCCGAACGGAAAGGGUUAUGCGUCGGGCGGUGAGGACGGGUACGUGCGUGUGCACCAGUUUGACAAGGCCUACUUUGACUUCACGUACGAGGUUGAGAGACAGCAGAAGCAACAGAUUGGUGCUUGAAGGGUUGGGAUGAAUGACAUGGGUGGGCCUGGGUUGGAGAGAGUAGGGUUGCAUCGGCGGGCGUUUAAUAAGUGCUUGGGGCUACACUGUGGUUAGGAUUCCUCAGCUAGACAUGAAGGGCUGUUUCAAAAUGUGUGUGGAGAGUUGCUGUGUGACGAUGAGUGACCGCUAGAGUUGGAAAUCUGUCUCGGGGCGUCGUGCCAAUGAUGUGAAGAUAGUAGGAGAUGCAGCCGUUUGACACGUGUGGGUGUCUAGGUUAAAUGCACCAACCCUCGCUUGGAUACUCCGUAUAUUAUGAGGGCAAAAGAUUUGUGUAAAUCGUGGAAAUGUUCAGUCACGUGACAUGCACUGUUUGACAGG